GAACGCUGGUGCUAGAAAUAGGACAGUUGCAUCACUACCACUAAGCAAUUUGCAUUCGGUGGACCAGCCCCUAAAUUCCUCCUGGCUCCUACAGCCCUCUGGGCAUUGCAUUUCUGGACGCUUUUAGACGGAGCUCACACUUGGCUGUCGUGGUUUCCCCGGGAACUCUACCCAAAAGAAGAAGCGGCAAGAAGAACAUCUGCUUUGUGUGCGGGGAAGUGGUCGCGCUACCAGCAAAUCUUGAGGCAUCUGUGGAAUUGUGAAGCUAGAUUUCAUAUGGUUGUCGACAGGGAGGGGCAGACAAGGACCUUCUUGUUUUCCUCGUCAUGGAUAAUCUGUUGCCUCAAUCUAAAUUCUCCUACUUCAAAAAACACCCUCUCCAUGCAAUUAGAAAAUAUGUCUCGGUGCUGAGGAAAAACCAAAGAGCGGAAGAACAGGUUGCACGUUUUCAAAAAAUUCCUAAUGGUGAAAAUGAGACAAUGAUUCCUGUAUUGACAUCAAAAAAAGCAAGUGAAUUACCAGUCAGCGAAGUUGCAAGUAUUCUGCAAGCUGAUCUUCAGAAUGGUCUAAACAAAUGUGAAGUAAAUCAUCGGCGAGCCUUCCAUGGCUGGAAUGAAUUUGAUAUCAGUGAAGAUGAGCCACUGUGGAAGAAGUAUAUUUCUCAGUUUAAAAAUCCCCUUAUUAUGCUGCUUCUGGCUUCUGCAGUCAUCAGUGUUUUAAUGCAUCAGUUUGAUGAUGCUGUCAGUAUCACUGUGGCAAUACUUAUCGUCGUUACAGUUGCCUUUGUUCAGGAAUAUCGUUCAGAAAAGUCUCUUGAAGAACUAAGAAAACUUAUGCCACCAGAAUGCCAUUGUGUGCGUGAAGGAAAAUUGGAACAUACACUUGCACGAGACUUGGUUCCAGGUGAUACAGUUUGCCUUUCUGUUGGGGACAGAGUUCCUGCUGACUUACGCUUGUUUGAGUCUGUGGAUCUUUCCAUUGAUGAGUCCAGCUUGACAGGAGAGACAACACCUUGCUCUAAGUUGACAGCUCCUCAGCUGGCUGCGACUAAUGGAGAUCUUGCAUCAAGAAGUAACAUUGCCUUUAUGGGAACACUGGUCAGAUGUGGCAAAGCAAAGGGUGUUGUCAUUGGAACAGGAGAAAAUUCUGAAUUUGGAGAAGUUUUUAAAAUGAUGCAAGCAGAAGAAGCACCGAAAACCCCUCUGCAGAAGAGCAUGGACCUCCUAGGAAAGCAACUUUCCUUUUACUCCUUUGGUAUAAUAGGUAUCAUCAUGUUGGUUGGCUGGUUACUAGGAAAAGAUAUCCUGGAAAUGUUUACUAUUAGUGUAAGUUUGGCUGUAGCAGCAAUUCCUGAAGGUCUUCCCAUUGUGGUCACAGUGACUCUAGCCCUUGGUGUUAUGAGAAUGGUGAAGAAAAGGGCCAUUGUGAAAAAACUGCCUAUAGUUGAAACUCUGAGCUGCUGUAAUGUCAUUUGCUCAGAUAAAACUGGAACACUGACGAAGAAUGAAAUGACUGUUACUCACAUAUUUACUUCAGAUGGUCUGCAUGCUGAGGUUACUGGAGUUGGCUACAAUUCAUUUGGAGAAGUGAUUGUCGAUGGUGAUGUUGUUCAUGGAUUCUGUAACGCAGCUGUUAGCAGAAUUGUUGAGGCGGGCUGUGUGUGCAAUGAUGCUGUAAUUAGAAAUGACACUCUAAUGGGGAAGCCAACAGAAGGAGCCUUAAUUGCUCUUGCAAUGAAGAUGGGUCUUGAUGGAGUUCAACAGGAUUAUAUCAGAAAAACUGAAUAUCCUUUUAGCUCUGAGCAAAAGUGGAUGGCUGUUAAGUGUGUACACAGAACACAGCAGGAUGGACCAGAGAUUUGUUUUAUGAAGGGUGCUUAUGAACAGGUGAUUAAGUAUUGUACUACAUACCUUAGCAAAGGACAGACUUUAACACUCACCCAGCAGCAGAGAGAUCGGUCCCAACAGGAGAAGGCACGAAUGGGCUCAGCAGGGCUAAGAGUUCUUGCUUUAGCUUCUGGUCCUGAACUGGGACAACUGACAUUUCUUGGCCUGGUGGGAAUCAUUGAUCCUCCUAGAACUGGUGUGAAAGAAGCUGUUACAACACUCAUCGCCUCAGGAGUAUCGAUAAAAAUGAUUACGGGAGACUCACAGGAGACUGCAGUUGCAAUCGCUAGUCGUUUGGGAUUGUGUUCCAAAACUUCUCAGUCAGUCUCAGGAGAAGAAAUAGAUGCAAUGGAUGUCCAGCAGCUUUCACAAGUACUACCAAAGGUUGCAGUAUUUUACAGAGCUAGUCCAAGGCACAAGAUGAAAAUUAUUAAGUCUCUACAGAAGAAUGGGUCGGUUGUAGCCAUGACAGGAGAUGGAGUAAAUGAUGCAGUUGCUCUGAAGGCUGCAGACAUUGGAAUCGCAAUGGGUCAGACUGGCACAGAUGUUUGCAAAGAGGCAGCCGACAUGAUCCUGGUGGAUGAUGAUUUCCAAACCAUAAUGUCUGCAAUUGAAGAGGGUAAAGGGAUUUAUAAUAACAUUAAAAAUUUUGUUAGAUUCCAACUGAGCACGAGUAUAGCAGCAUUGACUUUAAUCUCAUUGGCUACAUUAAUGAACUUUCCUAAUCCUCUCAAUGCCAUGCAGAUUUUGUGGAUCAAUAUUAUCAUGGAUGGACCUCCAGCUCAGAGCCUUGGAGUAGAACCAGUGGAUAAAGAUGUCAUUCGUAAACCUCCACGCAACUGGAAGGACAGCAUUUUGACCAAAAACCUGAUACUUAAAAUACUUGUUUCAUCAAUAAUCAUUGUUUGUGGGACUUUAUUUGUCUUCUGGCGGGAGCUACGAGACAAUGUGAUAACACCUCGAGACACAACAAUGACCUUCACAUGCUUUGUGUUUUUUGACAUGUUCAAUGCACUAAGUUCUAGAUCCCAGACCAAAUCUGUGUUUGAGAUUGGACUCUGCAGUAAUAAAAUGUUUUGCUACGCAGUUCUUGGAUCCAUCAUGGGACAGUUAUUAGUUAUUUACUUUCCUCCACUUCAGAAAGUUUUUCAAACCGAGAGCCUAAGUAUACUGGAUCUGCUGUUUCUUUUGGGUCUCACCUCGUCAGUGUGCAUAGUGUCGGAAAUUAUAAAGAAAGUUGAGAGGAGCAGGGAAAAGAUUCAGAAGCAUGUUAGUUCAACAUCGUCGUCUUUUCUUGAAGUCUGGCUCUGGGAGAGGCGUGAACAGCAGCUGAUUAAGAUACAUCCCCAUCAGCAGACAGCUCUGCCACUGACAGAAGAUGUGAGCUGUGUCUAAAUCCAGUCUCGGGCCCGGCCGCGUCUGCUCCUUCACUCUUUGGAACUCUUCAUACAACAUCUUAGCACCAUCCUUCCGCAGAUCUUCUUUAUCUAGACAAGGAAACAACCCACGGGCAGUAGUUCCCAAAAUACUGUAUCAGUUUGUAAGUUUCUCCAUAUAUAUAUAAAACUUCAAAUUCCAUAAAGAAAAAAUUGGUUUAAAUAACCAAAGUGCUUUUCUUUUCUGGCUCUUUACUAUUUUAACAUCAAUGUAAAAGCCUUGCUGUAUAAGUUGAAAUAUUAUACUGAAAUGCCUUUUUAAUGACAAUCUAACUUUAUUCAACCCCAAAUUAUUUUUUUCCUUAAAAUAAUCUCUUCCACUCGUCUACCACUUGACCUUAAAUAUAUCUGCAUCAAAUGCUCCAAACCCUACAUUUGUCUCCGAAAAACAUAAAUUACUAUUAAAUGUCAUUCUCUUUA